UGAAAGGAACAUCAUGGGUGUGCAAAUAUUGGAACUAAGCCCAGACCCUCAGCAGUCUAAAAAGAUAUUCAGGGCUCCCACAGGUGAUUUUGUUUGUCUUGACAGAAGUCCUGAGCUGAGGGGAAUCCUACUCGACAUAACAUGUGUUAAUCCUGUCGGAGAACAGAUCCCGUUCAAAUGUGAGAAGGAAAAAGCCAUGUUUACUCUUAAAUCUGCUGGACCUUAUAAAGUUACUUGGAAGAUGUGUGUCAAACCUUCAGAUAAAAAUCGGAACAGUGUAUACGUAGUAACAGUCCUAGCGGACCCUGUGAUGACCAACUCUACAGAUCUCACCACUUUGCCCAGUCUGAAAGUUGAUCAGAUAGCUGCCCAGUCCCAUCUCACCAAAUGUUGUGGAGACAUCGAGAACUGGGAGGAUGUUUUCAGGGUUUCGCUUGAGUCCGGGUACAACACAGUACAUUUGACGCCAGUACAGGAGCUAGGGAUCAGCAGGUCAUCUUACUCUUUAAACUCUCAUCUGAAACUAUCGUCCUCUCUUAAACUGAAUAGCUCUGGAGGUUAUGAGGAGGAUUUGAAAGUGUUAUCUGAUCAUCUUCAAGAUUUACACCAGAAAACUGGAAUGUUCUUCCUUACUGAUGUUGUGUGGAACCAUGUAUCAGUUUGCAACAGAGAUAUUCUAGAACAUCCUGAGUCCUAUUACAAUCUACACAAUACACCUAACCUUAUUCCUGCGUAUCUGAUUGACAGAAGUAUUCGCGAGUUUAGUUUCACACUAUCAGAUAGUUCUGAGAUAACAAACCUCCAUUCCUUUUACAAAAGACUAAGCAAUCAUCUGGUGGAAACAUCACGUAAACUGGAACAACUCUACAAAAUAGACGCGGGCAAAAUGUUCAACUCCAAAGAAAGUACCACAGAUUCACUGAAUGAUUCAAUCUUGAAGAGAUCGCAUAUUGAUGAUGUAGUGAAACAGUUGUGGCAGGUUGACUACUCACAGUCGGAGUAUGGUGGCAGGGUCGAUAUGGGGGUUCUGAGAACUUUCCUCUCCAAUCGUGAAAUUACCUCGAUACCAGAACAGAAUUCUCAGAUUGUAACAGCGAUUAGUCUCUUUAACGAGUUCGUAGCACCAGCUGCCGCUCAGGAGGUCAUCAGUAAAGUGACCACAGCUGUAGUCGGUGAUGUGAAAUACCGAUUUAUUGAUGAAAACGGUCCAAAACAUCAAUUCGGAGACGUCCCUCUGGUUGAAAGGUAUUUCCAAAUAUCGGAUAUUUCAUUUGACAAGGAGAAAGAACUAGAUAUCUACGACAGACUUGAUGCCGAGAGGAUUAAAACUUGCAACGGUUGGACCACCGGCGAAAGUAUUUCUGAUAUGAGCAAAACCAUGGCUUACACAAAGCGAGAGAUAGUCAUUUGGGGUGAUAGUAUAAAGUUACGAUUUGGGAACUCCAGACAAGAUGCUCCUUGGCUCUGGAAUUACAUGGAAAAGUACACCUGCGAUAUGGCAAAGUUAUUUCAUGGAUUCAGAAUAGACAACUGCCACAACACCGCCUUACAUGUUGGGGAAGAGCUGUUGCGCGCGGCACGCCGUGUCCGUCCUAACCUGUACGUAGUGGCAGAACUGUUCACCGGAUGUGAGGACAAGGACUGUGAGAUCAUCAACAGAAUGGGCAUCAGCUCCUGUGUCAGAGAGUUGAGUAAGUCUGGUUCACCUCGGCAACUUGCAGAUCUGAUACACCACUAUGGAGAAAGCAAACCUUGCGGCAGUUUCAUCAAUAACCUGCCCUCCGACCAAGCUGUGAACUCUCUGCCGGCCCUACGCAUGGCUUCGUCUCAUCCUCACGCUAUGCUGAUGGAUCAAACUCACGAUAACCCGUGCCCUUUUGAUGAGCAUCCCCUCCCCAAUGUUCUGGCUUUAUCUGGUUUGAUGUGUGCAGCAAAGUGCAGUAUUGGCAGUAACCGUGGUUACGACGAGCUAAUACCUCACCACAUUCAUGUCGUGCAGGAGGAACGUCAGUAUCAAGGAGUAAGACAGUCUCAUGAAGAUGCUAUAAAGCCAGCAAAACGUGCUCUCAUUAAACUACACCAGUGGCUUGAAGACAACGGAUAUUCUGAGACGUUUGUGGACCAGGCAACAGAAGAUGUAGUCAUAGUAACCAGACAUCACCCAGUAACGUGCAGCAAAGUAUUGGUUGUCAUAGCAACUUGUUGGAGUGAUACCUUUACUAAGACUAGUGAACAUACGGUUAAUCUACCUGGUGAUAAAGUGGACGUGUUAUUGGAGACAGAGAUACGAGGCAAAGGAUCUUUCAAUCCUCACAAAGAGUUGAUAACCGGUCUCUGCGGGGUAGAGGUUAACGUUAGAGAGAACCCCGAGUCCAGCAACAUGGUUAAAGUCUCAAGAAGCGAGGAAAAACUUGAACUCUCUUUCGUACUCUCACCAGGAUGUGUGGUAGCUAUACUUGUUCACCCUGGCAAACUCGCCCAGCAUGCUCUAAACUACUUCAACUCCUAUGUCCUUGAUAAGCAUACAUUUGCUAUGGAGCUGGACAUCGUGUGUUCGAGUCUGGAUCUGUACGAUCUGAACUACAUUCUGUACAGGUGUGAUGAGGAGGAAAGGGUGGACGGGUGUGGAGGGGUUUACGAUAUUCCUGGAUACGGUAAACUCACCUACGCUGGACUAGUUGGUUUCUUACACGUGCUGGAAGAAGUAAAGAGGGAGAAUAACAUGGGGCACGCUCUUUGUCGUAACUUGUGUGAUGGCUGGUGGCAGGCUGAAUACUCAGUUAACAGAUUGAAGAACAAAGACAUUAAUUUAGGAUUCUUCCUUGAGAAGGUUUUCUCGUCUCUUCAAGCAGUACCUAACCACACCAGACCCCGAGUGUUUGACGCUGUCAUCAGUUCUGUUUACUCGGCCUGUCUCCGACAGAUUGAUACACUCAUUCCCUGGUUAAGCAAUACAGAAAGAGAAACUAAUUCUUGGUUUGUGGAGCAGCUUGUUCUAACGUCAAUUCAGAUGAUGGGAAAGGUGGGAGACACUGGGAUACCUGUUUCCCCGUAUGAAAAGGAUCCUGUUGUGAGCAUGGCGGCUGGAUUGCCGCAUUUCUCGCAUGGUUUUAUGAGAUGCUGGGGUAGAGACACCUUCAUCUCCCUCCCUGGCUUGCUUAUUGCAACUGGGCGACUUGAAGAUGCCAGAGACCUGGUGGUUGGGUUUGCUCGGACUCUAAGAUAUGGUCUGAUACCCAACUUGCUGAGCGAGAGAGGACACAAGCCCAGAUACAACUGUAGAGAUGCUGUAUGGUGGUGGUGCAGGAGUGUGAAGUUACUGUAUGACCAUCUUCCAUCCAUUCUCCACGAGUCAGUAUAUCGUCUGUACAACACUGACGAUACCCCUGUUGCCGCUAAAUCCUCCUUUGUUUGCACAGUACUGGACAUUAUCAAUGAAGUACUGAGAAGGCAUGCGGCUGGAAUCCAAUUUAGGGAGGAAAAUGCCGGGCGGCAGUUAGACGAGCAUCUACUAGACGCAGGUUUCAACAUGUGUGCAGGAGUGAACCAUGUGACCGGGUUUGUGAGAGGGGGCUCUAAACACAACUGUGGGACCUGGAUGGACAAGGUGGGGAGCAGUCUUAGAGCAGGUAACAAAGGAAUCCCAGCGACCCCACGCGACGGUAGCGCAAUAGAACUGGUUGCUAUGGGUUACCAAACUGUUUCUUGGCUUGCAGACUUGUUUGAGAUCGGCGUGGGGACCACUUCAGAGGUUACCAUGACAACAGGGACAUCCACCAGGGUUGUUACCCUGAGAGAGUGGUCUAAGAUGAUCAAAGAUAGUUUUGACGAGAUGUUUUGGAGCACUUCCGGUUACUACAAGGACACUGUUGGUAGUGAGUCUGGGUGCGACGAAAAGUUUAGACCCAAUCAGACAUUUGCCAUGGUAAUCGCUCCUGAACUGUUUGAAGAGUCACACUUGACCCUGGCCCUGAGAAACAUUGGAGCCAAGUUGGCCGGACUAUUGGGAAUGUCAACUCUGUGCCCCGGUGACGAGGAUUACGAGCCUCAGUAUGAUACUAGUGAUAAUGGGAGUAACUUCAGGACCGCACAUGGUCUUAACUAUCAUCAGGGCCCCGAAUGGGUGUGGUGUAUGGGGUUCUAUCUACGUGCCAAGCUCUCAGAGUUCAUCAAGCAAGAUAGAGAGGAGGUGGUUGGAAGCAAGGAGGAGAUAGAUCAGUUCUUUGCGACCAUUCUCACCUUCCAUCGUGCCAUGAUUGCAGCUGAACCAUAUCGAGGUCUAACAGAGCUAACUAACGGUGGAGGACAGCAUUGCCCGGGGAGCUGCCCUACUCAGGCUUGGUCCUCUGCUUGUCUUCUAGAGUUCUUUGUAGAGUACCAAAGGGACUUUCUUCAGAGCCCGCAAUAGCUCUAGAUGUGUUUUUGAGUAAUUACUAACAUUAUCAGAGGUUUAAUUUUGUCUGCGCUGAUUACCCCGGCCCGAAGUUAUUUAUCAGUAUUUGGCCGAAAAAGCAAAAGGCCGCCGAAACACUGUAGGCUGCCAUAUUUUGACAUUUAUUAAUCAUAUUGCAUGUCUUUUUUUGCAGCGAAAAUUGAGAUUUUUUUAACGGGAAUAGUUGAACCUGAAUAGAUGCCUAAUUUGAAAUACGGAUUUAUUCACCGUUUAUAGCAAAAAGACCAAAAUUUGUAAAAUAGUUGAAAUUGAAAUGUUGGGCAUUUUUUAUGGGGAAAUAGUUACGGCUGGGUAUACAAAAGGCCAAAGAACUGAGGGCCGAAAUGUUUUAAUAGAGUGUUUCGUUUAUGUUCAUUGUUUUUAUUGAAAGAUGAGUGAAAUUUAAAUUUACAGUUUGAGUUUUUGAAUAUUCAGAUGUUAUUCUUUGUAAAAAAAAGAUAAUUUUGUAAUUGAAAUCUCUUUGUAAUUGUCGUUAUAUCUGUUUAUAGUAACUUUAAAAGGUUAAAUGCGACCAUCCCUUCAUCUGCUUAAACAGGUUGAAAUAUUUUUAUGGUUGAAAUAUUGUUAUGAUUAUGAAACGAAUAAUUAAAAUUGAA